AUGGUUGAGCGCGGAGCAGAUCCGAACGCCCAGAGUGAAGACCACGGCGCUGCUCUCUACGACGCGGCAUUCCAUGAUACUUUUCGUCGAUUCAAACUGUUACAUGAAGGAGGAGCAGAUCCGAACACGCGGAGUGAAUACUACGGCAUUGUUCUCUACGACGCGGCAUUCCAUGGAGAUCUAAUUCAAGGUGGAUACUACGGCAAUGCUCUUCAAGCAGCGGCGUAUAAUGGUUCACUGGAGAUAGUGAAGUUGUUGCUUGAGCGUGGAGCAGAUCCGAAUAAACAGCAUGGAUAUUUCGGCAAUGCUCUUCAAGCAGCCGCCCAGAAUAAUAAGUCUCUGGAGAUAGUGAAGUUGUUGCUUGAGCAUGGAGCAGAUCCGAAUAUACAGGGUAGACACUACGGCAAUGCUCUUCAAGCAGCGUAUUAUGGUUCUCUGGAGAUAGUGAAGUUGUUGCUUGAGCGUGGAGCAGAUCCGAAUGAGCAGGGUGGAUACUACGGCAAUGCUCUUCAAGCAGCAGCGUUUUAUGGAUCCCUGGAGAUAGUGAAGUUGUUGCUUGAGCGUGGAGCAGAUCCGAAUAAGCAGGGUGGAUUCUACGGCAAUGCUCUUCAAGCAGCGGCGUAUAAUGGUUCACUGGAGAUAGUGAAGUUGUUGCUUGAGCGUGGAGCAGAUCCGAUCAAACAGGGUGGAUACUACGGCAAUGCUCUUCAAGCAGCGGCGUAUAAUGGUUCUCUGGAGAUAGUGAAGUUGUUGCUUGAGCGUGGAGCAGAUCCGAUCAAACAGGGUGGAUACUACGGCAAUGCUCUUCAAGCAGCGGCGUAUAAUGGAUCCCUGGAGAUAGUGAAGUUGUUGCUUAAGCGUGGAGCAGAUCCAAAUAAGCAGGGUGGAUACUACGAUAAUGCUCUUCAAGCAGUGACACGACAGGGUAAUCUGGAGAUGGUGAAGCUGUUACUCAGUCAUAAUGCGGACGUCACUAUACAGCCGAAAUCGAUAAGCCGCCGUUCUCUGCUUCACGUUGCCGUUGAGUCCGGCGAUCUUGCUGUUCUGGAAACACUAUGGGAUGCGGGUGCAGGUAUUCAUUUGACCACACAGGAUGAGUCUGGAUCAACACCACUCCAUGUUGCGGUCGACAAAGGGGGCGUUCCAAUUGCCAAGUAUAUUCUCGAUCACGGAGCUUCGCCGGAUAUAGAAGACUUGGGGGACACAAAUUCAUUUCAGUUGGCUAUGCGCAAAAAGAAUCGCGAAAUGGUGCUCUUACUUUAUCCAAAAACCACCGCCGGUCUAUCCAAGAUAACCGCAUCAGACUGGCGACUUUGUUCUGACGAUGUUUCUAAUUGCAACCUUGAGAUGGUUAGUGAUCAGUCAGCCAAGGUCGUUUUCAGAGAUAAGAGCUUGGAACGGGAACUUGUUGAAAUGUCAUACCCUCUCUCCGGGCGGACAGAAUUACGUGCGCAUUCCACUGACUUCAUGAACAAACAUCGCAAUGGUAAACGAAUGUUGUAA